AUGGCAAAAGUUGAAGUAGUGUCAUCAAGCCUUGUUCCGAUGGCUUCCGUCGACACAAUCCCCAUGUCGCGUCUCGAUCUUACUCCGUGGGACUUGCAAAUGCUCCUAUUCGAACCCAUCCAACAAGGUGUUCUGUUUCACAAGCCCACAUUCGCUAUCGAUUUCAUUAUCGACUACGUCAAAGCCUCGCUCUCCCGCGUGCUCGACUACUUCCCCCCACUCGCCGGCCGCCUUGCCACCGAAAACAACAACAACGACACCAAAACGGCCGUUUAUUUUGUCGACUGCAACAACAAAGGCGCCGGCAUCAUCCAUGCGGCCGCCCCCAACGUGUCCGUCUCCCAGAUCUCGGAUGCCAAGUACACGCCGGAGUUCGUCUACUCAUUCUUCCCUCUCAACGGGACCCGCAACUUCCACGGGACUUUCGAGCCACUGUUUGCCGUCCAGGUCACCGAGCUCGAGGACGGCCUAUUCUUCGGGUGCGCGGCCAAUCACGCGGUUAUGGACGGCUCGUCCAUGUGGCACGUUCUCCAAUCCCUGUCCGAGAUUGUCCGUGGCCACAAAAAAAUAUCGAAAAUGCCCUCCUUCGCGCGCGAUUUCCCCGGCUGGCAAAACCGCCCCAUCCAUGUCCCCAUGCCGGACGACGGCACGACGAAGACCGCCACCCGGCCAAUGCUGCUCGAUAGAGUUUUCCACGUCAGCAAGGAGAGCGUGGCCGAGAUCAAGGCCCGGGCAGGGCCCGAUGUCGGGAUGAUCACGUCGUUCCAGGCGAUCGUGGCGCACGUGUGGCGGUGCGUGGCGCGGUGCCGCCGCCAGCUUGGCGUCGGCGGGGGUGAAGAGACGAUGGUGACGGGGGUUGGAGCGAGAGGGAGGGUGGAUUUGCCGGAAGGGUAUUUUGGGAAUGCGAUCUCGGGGUCCACGCUGUGCAUGGGAGAGGAGGAGCUGUUGGGAGGUGGGCUGGGUCGGGCUGUGCUUGGGCUCAAGGCGUUUGUGGACCGGGAAGGGACGGCGGAGGCUGUGCUGGGGUUCGUGAGAGAUUGGGCGAAAAAUCCGAGGGUUCACGUGCCGGGGAGUUGCACGCUGCUGGUGUCGAGCUUGCCGAAUUUCGAUGCGUACAGAGGCAUAGGGGAUGUCGGGCUAGGGAGGGCGGUGGCGGUGAGGACGGGAAGGGCGCAGAAGUGGAAUGGGAGAGUCGCGAUUUUUAAUGCGGCUGAAGGGGAUGGGGUUGAUGUCGAGGUCUGCCUGGCGCCGGAGGUUAUGGCGGCACUGGAGGAAGACACUGAGUUCAUGGACAGCACUCUGUUGCAGAAUAUAAAGUAA